AUGCUGCCUUCCGUCGUGGGGGCUCCCGCCCGAACCGGAGGGACCGCGCAAGCGACAAGCUCCCGGGCGCCGCCGACACCCCGCACGCCGGUCGCGAACCCCUCGGGCUCGGGAACCGCCUCACCGCCCUCUCGCCAGCUCCGCGCCCGCCCCAGCGCCGCCUCAGACCCCAUCUCAGCGCGCCCGCGCGCUCGGGAUGUCAGCCAUGGCAACCGCGCAUUCCGUGGGACGCGCGCCGGCCCCGACUGCGCACGCGCGCCCCCUGCCGGCCAGAGAACGCACGCGCACUUCGCCUGCCCUGUGGCGGCCGCCUCCGCCAGCGAGGAGACAGGAGCGAGCCUAGAGACUCGCCUGCCCUUCAAGCGCCUGAACCUUGUCCCAAAGGAGAAAAGUGAGGACGCGUCGGAUGACACGAGGAGCCCUGAGGGUGCCCCUGCACAAGGCCGAGUCCCUCAUCUGGAGACCUCUUUGGACAACUUGGAGAACAGCUGUCAUAUGGGUUCUGACAUAGAUUUUAAUCCAAAACUUGUCAAUGGGAAGGGUCCCUUAGAUAACUUUUUAAGAAGUACAGUCAAAACCAGUAUUGACCAGACCACGGUCAUCACCGAUUUGACGGAGGACUCGAGUGACCAGCUAGAUGGCGUCGCGGCCCUUAGUAAACUAAAGUCUGCUGCCUCUCCCUCCGAGGAGGCCGUGAGUGGGGCCGGAGAAGAAGCUGGAGGUGAGAGGGGGCUGCCGGAGGCCAGUCUGAAGGACGAGCUGACGUGUCCUGAAGAGACCCUUUCAGACAUUCCAUGCAAAGCAGAGGAGGAGGGUGCUGGCUCCAGAGGUGCAGAGAGGAGUGGAGAGGGGCAGGAAGGCUCGUUCCAGAGCUGCCCCGAGCUGGCAGGUGGUCUGAGAACAUGCUCCGAGAAGGACCAGGACGGUUGGAGUGAAGCCAGGGGCAUCCUGUUCAAAGGGAAGGUGCCCGUGGUGGUCUUGGAGGACAUACUGGCUGCAAAACCUCCCCGAACCAAGUCUCCUCCCACGCCACCUGCAGACCAGGGCUUGCCCUCUGACAGCGAGAUGCUGGAGUCCGGCCCCGAGGAAGACUCUGUUCUUAGCCACUCGUCCGGGGGUUCUUCCUCUCCUACCAGCUCACCCGAGGGGCAGUCUGCUCCCAAAAGGCAUCCCAGCAGUCCCGGACCCUUCCCCACCUCCACACCCAUCCGCAGAAUAACUAAGAAACUGGUCAAAGCUUCUGCAGAGAAGGACAAGCUCAGACUGCAAAGAGACAGGGAGCGUCUGGGCAAGCAGCUCAAGCUACGGGCAGAGAAAGAAGAAAAGGAGAAGCUGAAGGAGGAGGCCAAGCGGGCCAAGGAAGAAGCCAAGAAGAAGAAGGAGGAAGAGAAGGAGCUGAAGGAGAAGGAGAGGCGCGAGAAACGGGAGAAGGAUGAGAAGGAGAAGGCGGAGAAGCAGAGGCUCAAGGAGGAGCGGCGCAAGGAGCGACAGGAGGCGCUGGAGGCGAAGCUGGAGGAGAAGAGGAAGAAGGAAGAGGAGAAACGGUUGCGGGAAGAGGAGAAGCGCAUUAAAGCAGAGAAGGCCGAAAUCACGAGGUUCUUCCAGAAACCAAAGACCCCACAGGCCCCCAAGACCCUAGCCGGCUCUUGCGGGAAGUUUGCCCCCUUUGAAAUUAAAGAGCACAUGGUCCUUGCCCCUCGGUUUCGGACCGCCUUCGACCAGGACCUCUGUGAUCAGUUGGACCAGCUCCUCCGGCAGCAGAACGGCGAGUUCUCCUUCCUGAAGGAUCUGAAAGGCCGGCAGCCCCUCAGUUCCGGACCCACCGUGGUUUCCAACCGAAACACAGACACCUGUAACAGCGAUGUGGUGAUCGUGGAGAGCGGCAAGGUCGACGGCGUUCCCGAAAGGAAGAAGUUUGGCAGGAUGAAACUCCUGCAGUUUUCGGAGAAUCACCGACCGGCGUACUGGGGCACGUGGAAUAAGAAGACGACCGUCAUCCACCCGCGGGACCCCUGGGCGCAAGACAGGAAGCUCCUGGACUACGAGGUGGACAGCGACGAGGAGUGGGAGGAGGAAGAGCCGGGAGAGUCCCUGUCCCACAGUGAGGGGGAUGAUGACGACGAAGUGGGAGACGAUGAAGAUGAGGAUGAUGGCUUCUUCGUGCCCCACGGGUACCUGUCUGAGGACGAGGGGGUCACCGAGGAGUGUGCCGACCCAGAGAACCACAAGGUUCGCCAGAAACUGAAGGCCAAAGAGUGGGACGAGUUUCUGGCCAAGGGGAAGAGGUUCCGCGUGCUCCAGCCUGUGAAGAUCGGCUGCGUCUGGGCGGCCGACAAGGACGGAGGCGCCGACCUGAAGGUGCUCCAGCAGUUCACGGCGUGCCUCCUGGAGACGGUCCCCUCGGAGGAGGAGCAGACGCCCAAGGCCUCCAAACGAGAGAAGAGGGACCAGCAGAUCUUGGCCCAGCUGCUCCCGCUGCUGCACGGGAACGUGAACGGAAGCAAGGUGAUCAUCCGGGAGUUCCAGGAGUGCUGCCGCCGAGGGCUGCUCGGCAAGGACACGGGCAGUCCCGACAGCAGCUCCGCCAGCCCGCCGAGCCCCGGCUCUUCCCGCCCACAGACCCCCACCAGCAGCGAGGACGCCGCCGUCCCCUCCAAGGCCAGGCUCAAGCGGAUCAUUUCUGAGAACUCGGUGUACGAGAAGAGGCCUGACUUCAGGAUGUGCUGGUACGUCCACCCGCAGGUGCUGAAGAGCUUUGACCAGGAGCACCUGCCCGUGCCGUGCCAGUGGAGUUACGUCACCGUGGUGCCCUCGGCCACCAGGGAGGACAGUGGCAGCAUCCCGGCCGUGGGGCCCGGCCAGGGGACGCCCAUGUCGCUGAAGAGGAAGUCCGCGGGCAGCAUGUGCAUCACCCAGUUCAUGAAGAAGCGCAGGCACGAUGGGCAGGUUGGAGCUGGGGACCUGGAUGGGUUCCAGGCAGACACGGAGGAGGAGGAAGAGGAGGACGGCGACUGUGUGAUCCUGGACAUCUCGGAUGUUGGGGGUGAGCGGUCCAGUCCAGUCCAGCCGCCAGGACCCGAACUGUGCUCCCAGAUCAGCAUCGGGGUCGGGCCACAGCUUGGGAAGAGCGUGCAGGUGGCUGUGGGCUCCUGGGCCCUGGUCACCGAGGCCCUGAAGCAGCUCUAUGUCGGGGCUGUGGUAGGCCUCCCAGAGGCAUCUGAGCGCAUCGGAGACCCGGGGGAGCUGAGAUUCUGGCUGAGCUCGUGGACUCCACUCAGCCUGGGCUCCCCGUGUCUGUUCCUGCCGCCCCUACGGGAGACGAGGGAGGCAGCUGCCGAGUCCCUGUCUUGCAUGGACUGGAUGCGGCCAACACGGGGGCCGCCGCACCCCAACGAGAAAGGCACAGAAAGCGUGAAGCUGCUUCGGACAUGGAGCAAACGCUCCAUCAACGGCUCUGGCUGUUCCCGUUUCCCUCGUGAGGAAGGGGCUUUGGUGGAGGGCUCGGGAGUCACGGCGGCCCAGAUGAGUCCAGACCUCCCUCUGAACCUCAAUUCCUAG